UGGUCUUUGCUUUAAAUAUUUAACCCACACUCGCUAGUGACUUGUCGUACUCGCUCUCUCUUGUCACCUGCUCAGAGCCACAGUAUUAAUGGCAAUGUUAACUUGUUUAUUUUCGUACUUAUAUCGCCGUUGUUUUUUUCGACGCUGCACUUCGUCGGGAAACACACAGAUACAGCCCGCAUUUCUGCACUGUAAGAAGCGAAAGCCAAAACCUAUUCAGUCAAGCUAAGGUAGAGAAAAUGGAGGCUAUAGAGCACAGAUUUCUCGAUGUCAAUGGCAUAAACAUGCACGUGGCUGAGAUGGGUCCAGUGAACGGCCCAGUGAUUCUCUUUAUUCACGGAUUCCCUGAGCUAUGGUACUCCUGGCGCCACCAGAUAGUGGCACUAGCUUCUCUGGGCUACCGAGCAGUGGCGCCGGAUAUGAGAGGCUACGGAGACACUGACGCGCCGUCUGAUCCUCGGAGCUACACGGUCUUCCACAUCGUCGGCGAUCUAAUCGGACUCCUGGACGCUGUGGCACCCCACCAGGAGAAGGUUUUUGUAGUGGGUCAUGACUGGGGUGCUUACAUGGCGUGGUUCUUGUGUCUGUUUAGACCAGACAGAGUGAAGGCUUUGGUCAACCUUAGCGUGACGCUUCCUCCUAGAAACCCCAAGAUGAAAAUUAUAGAUAUGAUUAGAGCCGUCUAUGGUGAUGAUUACUACAUGUGCAGAAUUCAGGAGCAUGGAGAUAUAGAAGCCGAGUUUGCUGAGCUUGGUACAGAGAGAAUUGUGAAGGAAUUCCUAACAUACAGGCAUCCAGGUCCUCUUUUCUUACCUAAAGGUAAAGUUUUUAGCCGUCCAGCAGAAACGCCGCUUGUCUUGCCCUCAUGGUUGUCUGAGGAAGAUGUGCAGUAUUACACCAGUAAGUUUGAAAAGAAAGGCUUCGCUGGAGGAUUGAACUAUUACCGGAAUUUGAACCUAAACUGGGAACUCACUGCACCGUGGACGGGAGCUCAAGUAAAAGUACCUGUUAAAUUUGUUGUUGGUGAUCAGGACCUUACCUACAAUUCUCUUGGUAACAAGGAUUAUAUAGAGAAGGGUGGGUUCAAGAGAGAUGUUCCAUUGUUGCAAGAAGUAGUUGUAAUGGAAGGAGUUGCCCACUUCCUCACCCAGGAGAAGCCUGAGGAAAUCAGUAAACACAUUUAUGAUUUCUUUCAGAAGUUCUGAUUUUGCUCUCUCUUGUCCUCUUUGUUAGAGGAUGUUUAUUUAAGUGCGUGUAUUUGAGAGCUUGCAUGCUCCUUUGGCGUUAAAAUAAUUUAAUUGUUGUGUUACAAUAAAUUCUCUUUGUAUUUGAGAGCUUACAUA